UCAAUAUUAUUCACGUCACCUGUCAGUGGUCAUAAUGUUAUGGCUGAUCGGUGUAUGUAUGUAUCUAUCUAUCUAUCUAUAUGGAACUGUCUACUUGUUGAUAUCAUAGUAAAGUAGAAAUCUUGCAGGUUAAAGCUAAAGAAGUGUGUCCAACCACAGUAGUGACUCUUUUUCCACCUUUACAAUUACAACCAUCCUGAUUGAUUACCUUUAUCCUAUGAUGAAACAUUUCUAUCCUGAUGGGAGUGGUCUUUUCCAGGAUGACCCCACCAACCUCCACAUGGCAUCAGACCUCACUUAAUAGUUUGAUGAAGAUGAAAAUGAUUAAAAACAUAUGCAGUGGUGGUCAUCCGUCUCUCUCUAAAGCAGAAAUUGUAUUGUCUUUGCUUAUCUAUAAGCUAACAUUCUAAUAACUGAAGUCACUGGCCAAUAUACAUUUAUACAAUCAAAAACAAGGCCUCACUGGUAUGACUCAAACUUAAUACUGUUUUAAAGCUGUUACUGCACAUCAUCGAUAGAUUGAAAAUAUUGAAACAUUUGACGAUUUAUCAAACAUAAAUGAUAUUACACUUAUCGACUAAAUGCCACUGCACCCUGAGAAUUGCAUUUUGAGAAAUGUACUGAGCAUUUCUGUUUUUUCCAAAACAAGAUUACUUUCUGAUAACUGGUCUCACAACCACAAUGAGCUCCAGACAUCUUGCAUUUAAACCUCAUUGGAUGUGUGUUUCACGCUGUUUGGUACAUGAGAAGAAAGGGCACAAAACUGCACACAAAUUGUUUUAGUCAGCUUUAAAUAUCUGUUGUGGACCAGAUUAGGUUUAAAAUGGUUUAAAAUGCUGAGUUGAGUGUUGAGGUUAAAACAUUCUGUUCUUAGGGACAAAACAUGCUGACAAACCGGCACCGAUCAAGGCUGACUGAUGAUCUCCAUUUGCUUCAUAUCUUCUCAGUGUACUCGAACAUACUGUAGACAACUAAUGGUUGAUAUGUACAUGCGUUCUUUGCCUGUGGGAAAGAAAAACCUCAGCAUAGCAGGAGGUGCCUGUGGCAUAUAUUCAUAAUUUAAAGAAAACUGGGAGACCCGGUAUUGUGGUUUAAAAAAAAAAAAAAAAAAAAAAAAGCUUUUGUCCUGAAUUGCUUGCUGCUGUUGCUGAAAUUGUGGCUCUCUAUUGAGCAUGUGUAUAGAAAUGAAUGAUCGCCUGUUGUUUGCUAGUGUGAGCGCUGGGUUAUUCAGCAACCUCAGUCAGCAUUGAUGGGCAUGAUUAUUGUCAAUGGUGCAAAGCAUGCAGCAAAAACUACGGUUACCGCUGAGCAACUGACAACUGACAGACUACAAAACAUGUCAGCUUGGUUGCUCACACUGGCUACUCGAUGCAUAUGCUGCGAUGUUGGAGGCUGUUUAGGAUUUUACCAGAAAUGCCACUGAAGAAGAGAUUACAUGAAUCCAAGCAUGAGGUUAUGAAAGUAUGCACCAGGCUUUCAGCAUCAUUCAAAUUAAGUAAUGGUCAUAAACUGAGCAAUGUAUAGAUAGAUAGAUAGAUAGAUAGAUAGAUAGACAGAUAGAUAUCACCUAAAUCAAAGAUACUGAAACAAUAUGACAGUUCUUAUUCAUUUUUAACAGUUAAUGUUAAAAUGUUUUAAUGUAGCCCUACAGUUUUGCUGGUUAACUUAAUAUCAGCAAAUAUCAUCACAACUAUCAUGUAUUGCAAUAUGAUGUUUUCUCCAUUUCAUUCCUUCUAUCUGACUGCAAGCAUAUAAAAGCCUUGGCGCACACAUUUUUCACUGAAAUAAAGAUAUUGUUUUGAUGACUUUGUAGAGAAAAUAAGUGUGGAGAUCAUUCUGAAGGCACCUUUUCAAGCCGAUUUAUAAGUGCUGUAGUGUUGGAACAGAUAGCUGCAUUAACUUAAAUUGUCCAUGUAUCACAAGAUAGUAGUUAAAAAUACUCUUACUGGCCAAGAGCCAAGGGUUACUGUUCUACUGACUGACUGCUGACUUGCUGACUAUUGACUUUGUGAACACUUCUGCUGAAUGGGAAGAGCUGACAGUUGACAGGAUUUAUAUCUGACAGUUUUAUAACCUCAUUCAGAGGUGGACAAAUGAUAUGUUUCAGGGGUGUAAUGAUACAUUUUAGGGGUGUUUUCAAUUGAUUAAAACAUUCACCAUUCUAAAAAAUGCUAAAUGUAACAACAUAUGGUAAACUAGCUAGCCAAGUACAUUAAUACAGACUAAGGGAGAUGAACAAGUAUAUAACAAGUAUAUUUCUUUUGGUUGUUAAAUGUGCUUGUCCACUAGGAAUCUAUGAAUAAAAAAAAAAAAACUAAUAUCCCGAACCCAGGUCUGCUUGUCCUGGGUGUCUGGGCUACUGAUUUGUCCACUCCUGGAAUUGAUCAUUCGAUUUGGAGAAGUAUUUUUGAAGGGAUAUCAAUUCUCAUAAAUGUAUGAAGGACUGAUUUUCUGGACACAUGUUAAAGCCACUCUGGGAUUCAAUUAUAUAAUCUAUUGGGAGUUAGAGAGGAAGUGUAGACUAGACGGCAUGUGGAAAAGAGGCCCAGAGUAUUCGGCAUCUGUUCACGUGGCCUGAAAUGGAAACUUUGCAUUUUCAGCCUUGAAACACAUUCUUUGGCAACUCAUUUAGAACAGAGGGCGAAACUCCUCUAUGUUUUGACUGGUUAAUUAUCAACUCAGAAAGACCUUGCUGGUAGAUUUCGGGGUGUAUUAUAUAUUCAGUGUGGAAUAACCUACAUGCUUUGACUGUGUACUCUUUAGCUCGAACCUCUUCCAAAGUCCAGCCGUUUAAGCAGUGUGCAUGUUCUCCAGCAGCAGUUUCACCACGUCUCAGACGCGCUGCCUCGACUUCCCCGUGAACUCACUGUACUUUUGAAAGCCAUGUGACCCGCAGAAAUAGAAAUCAUGCCAUUGCUAAGGUUCUUAAGGAGAUCAGAAGUUUAGGCUGGAUCCUUUUUCUUGGAGACUUUCUGAAUGGUUGGCGCUGCUAGAAGAUGCUUUUGAGUUUGUAAGGUUGAAUGGAUAUGCUGUUGUUCACCUCCUGAGAGUCUUACUCAGCAGGGAAUGUUGGCAUUUUUCCAUACCUCCCGGAGCGCUUGUCACACCUCAGCAGGUGGUUGAAGAAGGCAGCAAGGCAGCGGCUGUGAGGCUCCAGGUAGGAGACGAGCUGGUAAACAUCAACGAAGUUCCCCUGAGCGGCUACAGACAGGAGGCCAUCUGCUUAGUCAAGGGCUCCCACAAGACUCUUACUCUGGUGGUGAAAAGGAGGAUGAAAAUGGUGGAUAUUGUAGCACAGAAAAUGCCGUCAGAGAGUGACGUUCAUGUGGCCCGGAGCUUUCUAACGAAGAUUUUGCGAAGUUCAAUGAGGAAAAAUGAACCCAUGAGCAGGCCUCACUCCUGGCAUUCCACCAAAUUCAAUGAGAACCAAUCAGACUCUGCCAAAACACAGUCCACACCCUCGCCAGUCUGGCAAACAAGAUAUGAUGCAAGUUCAUUCUCCUCCGACCUCACUACUGGUUGGGACCAGCCUAAUUUGCGCAGAGUGUCAGACCAAUUCAGCUCCUUGGGCAGUAUGGAUAGUUUAGAACACGGCUCUUACCCCUAUCCACCUGGACGCCUGUCUCCCAACAAAUCUAACAGCAACAGUGUUGAACAUUUAGUGGGUGGAAAAAGAGAUUCUGCCUAUAGCUCCUUUUCAACCAGCUCAGGGACACCUGAUUAUACGCUGUCCAGAAGCAACGCAGCUUCUACAGAGAAUAUGCUGUAUAAAGUUAACCAGUCGGACUCAGGAAGUCGGCCUAGCAGUGGCAGACACAGCCAAACCCUAAGUGAAGGGAUCCGACAGGAUGACCGAAUUGGUUAUCUACAGCCACCUUCAGUAAGCAGUGGCCGAGAAAGCCCAAGAACAGAGGAGCAGCCAGGCUACCGACAUUCUGCUUCUGGAAGGUCCAGCAUUGCGCCUGUUUGGCAUGUUCCUGAUAUGAAGAAGGCUAUGGCCCCAUCACCUCCACCGCCUGCACCACCAACACGCAGUGAUAGUUUUGCUGUGACCAAGAUUCAUGAAAAGGGUCUGGUCUCCAGCUACCCUGAGAAUCCUGGGAUUCAUACCCAGUCAAAGAUCCAGGGCAAAGGAUUAAAGACAGCAACAGAGAUGUCUGAAAGUAAUCAAAGGAUUUACCGUGCAACUGAGUCAGGCCUUGAAACGUGUCAAAACUACAACCCACAACUUAAAAUUGGCACGAUUAAUCCAUAUAUUGCAGGUGAUAGCUAUAGUCAACAAACUCCCCUUCCAAACUCAAACAAGAAAUACUCACCAUCUAGCACUGAUCAGUCCUACACUCGCGUGGCCUACCAUCAACGUCAGUACAGUGAUGAGAGCACUUUUCAUGCACCGCCCAGGACCCCGUCUACAGGCAAGUCUCAGAGUUGCUAUAGCAGCAUGCAAGAGUUACCCACCAACAACCAUGCUCCACACUAUAGCCAUAACCAGAUCAGACGGCAGGUUGCAUCGCUGUCCAGCACUGCUAUUGACCAAAACCCUGACAGUCAAAAUUCCAACAGGUAUUACUGUGUCACAUCUCGACAACCCUCUCAGGGAGGGUCCCAGGCCUCUUUAUUGCACGCGGAGGACAGGAAUGCUAAUUCUCUGAUGGAAAUCACCCAAAGUGGAGGUGAUAGAACUUCCAUAAGCUCUCAAGGACAGCUCAAGGACAGGUUCACCACACCUCAGGUACUGCAGCACCCAAAUAACAAAGACAGCAAUGGAUAUUACAGACAGGUUGACAGCCAGCAUCGGGUGUACACAGCAGUUAAUAGGUCGUCUUUUGAUGAUACAACAACUAAAGCUUUGGAGGUCAGAGGACUCCAGAAGCAAAACACUGUGACAAAUUCAGAUAGCCAUUUCAUCAAGCACUAUGAGCAGGGAAAGAUCUCUGAAUCUUACAGAUUGGGAGAAUCCUCCAAAGAACAUUUACCAUCUAAAAAUGAGACCAUAGUAUGCCCCCAGAAAACCCCUAUGCUGCACUCUCUAUCACAUGAUAGCAGUAGAUUGGUUGACGUACAAAGUGAAAUGGGUAGUGGUGAUGGACAACAGGAAUUGGUUGAUCCCCAGAAUGGCAGGCAGGUUCGACGUAGUGACCGUUUUGCCACCACAUUGCGAAAUGAGAUCCAGAUGAGGAGAGCUCAGCUUCAGAAGAGUCGAAGUGCAGCAGUCUUGAGUGGGUCAACUGAUCCUGAAGAAGAGCCUUCAGUUUGGAAAUCCACAGACAUCUCUUCACCUUCCUCUGAUGGUUCCUUCACUAGUGCCUAUAAAGAUCAUCUGAAGGAGGCCCAAGCUCGAGUCCUUAAAGCUACUUCCUUCAGGAGGAGGGACUUGGAGCCAGUUCUCCUAGAGCACCCAGGAGCUGAAGUUCUGUCCACUUCUCGCAAGGAUACACCAUCUCUGCCAAGUGUCUCCGAGGUCCCAUCAAGUAAACCUGCUUCAGGUACAAACCAUGUGCCCCGUAUAUGUGGCCGAAAACGUUUUCCAGUAGAGAAGAAAGUACGGUCUUACUCUGAGCCUGAAAAAAUUAACGAGGUUGGUGUUGAUGAGGAGCCAGCUCCACAAGAUAAUGACCUAUCUUUAGCCAACAGACGUAAAGUUUUUGAGGCAACAGGAAAACCCACUUAUCGCAAACCCAUGUUGAAGCAAAAUCUGCAAAUAUCUGAAGACUCCAGAUUGGACAAACCUGGAGAAUUGCCUCAGACUGGGCAAAGUGAUAUCACCAAGAACAAUAGUGAUAGCAAGGCAACACAUAGUGGCCCAAAUUCCUCACAGAGACUGGGCACUUUUGCAGAGUAUGAGGCCACAUGGAGCACACAGAAAAAAGCGGAUCCCAGGACAUCUGGAAGGUACCACUCAGCUGAUAACAUCCUCGAUCCAGCAGUGGAUGAGCGACGUAAGCCCUCCUAUUUCCAUGAAAGGUCACGCUCCUCUCCCUCAGAGGACUUCUAUGGUCAGAACAUCCCAGUGGAAGGAAGGAAGUCAGCUGAGUACUGUCCACCUGAGAGAAAACUCUCUGAUCAUGACAACUCUACAUCGAGGUUAAGUGACGGAGGAUACAAGGGUUUAUUGCCCAAGCCGAAUCAAGAACCAGCAUCACUUUUGACAGGAGGAGAGUUGGAGAGAAACGUCUCAGAUCCACCAUCCACUCGUAAAUCUCCACCCAACCCUGCUGGUCCUUCUCAACAUUUCCCCGAUCGUAGCAUCCUCACUGAUUUCUCUUCCAAUGCAAAGAACAGGCCUCUGACACGCCUGGACAAAUACAAAUGCCCCGAGGCCGCUGCUCCUCUCUUCACCUCACAGGGUGGAAACCGUGUCUCUCACUCUCCCAUUAAAGACAUCGUUUCUAAAGACACGCCAAUCCACGCCCCAGUAUCCUGGAAGGACCCGGAGCAUAGCACGGGUCCAAAAAGAGAGGAGGAGACUCAACCAGAGACCUUACCCCUUCCUCCUCCCCCUCCUCCUCCUCCUCCUCCUCCUCCUCCAGAGCCUCCUGCCCACCUGACUCCACCCAGCAUGGAACGGCAGCGUUCACCAUCACCUCACUUUGCUCCCCAGAGACUGACUGACAAGCCGCCUGUCUCUGUCUCCCAGCAGGAUGAAGCCACAGGAAGGAUGGACAAGGUGAUUGACGAUAGCACCACAGUGAAAAAAGUGCCUAUCAAGAUCGUCCACUCUGAAAGCAGUACAGAGAAAGAGAAUCGACAGUACCUUCACCCAAGCACCGAGACACCUCUCAGCUCACAGCCCACAGUCUUGUCUCUGUCCAGUCUGGGAGCCCCAGACCAAUCCUCCUCUCCAUUUUGCACAUACACACGUCAGAGAGAGCAGGAAAAUGAAGCCAUGGGCCCUCAGAAGGAGCAAGAGCUUCAUGCUGAUGUCUCAGGACCUCAGGAGCCUCAGAAAGGCCCCUGUGUGGAUCAGAGCACUAACGGGGUCUCCUCAGGCACCCUCAGCGCUUCCUCUCACUCUGAGGAAGAUGAGAAGAGAGAGGUGUUGGCCAGGGACAUCAUAGACAAAGAUAAGUCCUUGGCGGACAUUUUGGACCAGAGUAAGAGGAGGACCACUAUGGACCUGAUGGAAGGGAUUUUCCCAGAAGGAGAGCAGCUGGUUGAGGAGGCGCACCAACGCAGGAGAGCUGCACCCAAACUGGCUUCCUCACGCAGCUCUGAAGAGAGGAGGGAGGAGGACAGCAUGGCGGCGGCAGCGGUAACAGCUGCUCUGGUGACCAGCUCAGCUUAUUACAGCACAUCAGCUCCCAAAGCAGAGCUACUUAUUAAAAUGAAGGACAUGCAGGAGCAGAGUGUAGAGCUCGAAUCAGAAGAGGAGCUGGAGGAGGAAAACGACACUGAACUCGCCAACAAGAAGCAUGAGCUGAUUGAGAGCCUGAGCAAGAAGCUGCAGGUACUGCGGGAGGCACGAGAGAGUCUGCAGGAGGACAUGCAGGACAACAACGCUCUGGGCGAGGAGGUAGAGGCCACCGUGCAGGCCGUCUGCAAACCCAACGAGCUGGAGAAAUUCCGCAUGUUUGUCGGGGACCUGGACAAAGUGGUCAGCCUGCUGCUGUCUCUGUCUGGACGACUGGCACGUGUAGAGAACGCCCUUAACAGCCUGGAGGAGGACGCACCACUCGAGGAGAGGCGCACGUUGAUGGAGAAGCGCAAGCUGUUGAUCCAGCAGCACGAGGAUGCCAAGGAGUUGAAGGACAACCUGGACCGGCGAGAACGAGUCGUCUACGACAUCCUGGCCAGCUACUUGCAGGAGGAGAACCUGGCCGACUACGAGCACUUCGUCAAGAUGAAGUCGGCCCUCAUCAUUGAACAGCGCAAACUGGAGGAUAAGAUCAAACUCGGCGAGGAGCAGCUCAAGUGUCUGAUGGACAGUUUGCCUCCGGAUCAGAGGUCACACUGCUGAGAAAUGGCAAAUGGAUUUCACACUGUAAAGUGACACUGUGUCCAUAUUUCAAAGCCAGAUCUAAUCAGGCUCUGGUAUUGCUGAGACCCUGAUGCUGCCAGUGUUUUCAGAAUGCUCUUGCUCAACUUUUGUGAACAGAGCCGUAUCACUUUUUGACUGUUUUAGAACCACACCCAACUUUGGGCUGCAUCGUUACCGUUCAAUACUGUGUGAUUAUUGUGAUUAUAAACUAUGCUGUACUGGAUGAAAUGAAAUUUUAAAAGCGCUUACCAUAACUUGUUAAGACCAUGAAACUGUUUAUCUGAUGUAUUACCCCAUCCUUGUCCCCAUUACUCUCUCAGUAUCCAAUGUUUCUGUAAUUUUGCUUUUUGACCACUAGUGGGCAGUGGAAGAUGGUUACAUUUGCCUUGACCACAUGGUACAAACCACUUUCCACUCAUCCCUGACACUAGCGUACACCUAGAAGACUCUAACAUGAUAAUUUACAGCUUAUAUUCAUAACUCUUCUCCCAUAUUUAACUUUCCGUCUGAUGUCAGUGAAACGCUGGUUUUGAGAUUUUCAUGAUUUUCAUGAUUGCAUUAUUUCAUAUGACUUCAGUACCUGCCCUUGUCAUGUCUAAAACAAUUUCAAGUUUGUUUUUAGUAAUUUAUUGUAGACUUUUAAAUCUGUAAAUAAGACUAGAAUAUGCUAGUAUUUACUCUUUCACUUACUUGAUCUUAGCCAGAAAACAUUCUUUUAGCUUACAUUUAGCUUGCAUUUUUCAAAAGCAAUGUACAUACACAGUAAAGUGUAAUGUUGGAAUUAGAGCCACCUCAAUACCUGCUUCUUGUAAAGUAUUUGAGGGACUGCCUGAGCAAUCCAGUAUUCUCACUGAGAACUGAAUGCUUGUCUAUAAAAUACUGACUGCCUUUUGCUCAA